CCAGUCCUCAAAUUCCGGUCAACUCUACGGAACCCUUCAUGGUUCAGCUCCUCGUCUGCCAACAAUGCAGAAAAUAAUGAAACUCCAAAGUUCUCUCUUAAAAAGCCGGAUGGGCAACGACUCAAUGGAGUGGACUUUUUCGAAAUGGUUAAAAAAGUAGCUGCUAAGGAGGGCGCAGAGGAUUUCGCUAUCCCAAAAGAAGCAUUUGAAGCUUUGUUAACAGAAUAUGAUGCUUUAAUCGAAGAAGGUUCAGAGUGGCAGGAUAAAUAUAAGCGAUCGCUAGCUGAAACAGAAAAUGUUCGCAAUCGGGGCAUGAAGUUGACGGAAGAAGCAAAAGUAUUCGCGAUUCAAGGUUUCUGCAAGGAUUUACUGGAGGUUGCCGACAUUCUCGAUUUGGCUGUAGAAUCCGUAAAGCCGGAUCAGCUUGAGUCCGCCGAUAAGACUCUCGUAGACCUUCACAAAGGCAUAGUUAUGACGAAGACGGUGUUGUUGAAAACCUUCAAGAAGCACGGACUCGUUCAAGUGAAUCCGUUGGGUGAAAAAUUCGAUCCCAACUUACAUGAGGCUGUAUUCCAAGUUCCUCCAGGAGAGGAUACGAAAAUCAAACCUGGGCACGUAAUGCAUGUGUCAAAAGUUGGAUAUUCCUUGAAGGAGCGGCCCAUUCGGGCUGCACAAGUCGGUGUUGUUAUGGAUAAUUGA